AUGGCUGCAUUUAUGAACCUGCGUGGUGUGAAACGUUAUAAAGACCGGCGUGAUAUAAGUCCCGAUCUAUCUAAGGGACUAUUACGGUUUGAGAGCGAAAACGUAGAUUUUCUCACUUCGCACUUUCUUGAUGAAAACACUGAUACAAGGGGUGGAGGAUUAACUGCACGGAAAAAGAUGGAAAUUUUUCUGAGAUACGUUAGUGAUCCAGGAUUCCAAAGUGGUGUUGCCAACGACAUGGGGGUUGAAAGAAGUACCGUCAGCAGAACAUUUUCAAGUUUAUUGGAUAAAAUAGUGUCGAAGUCUGAAGAUUGGAUUAAAUUUUCACGCACUAUUGAAGAUAUGGAUCAGGCCAAGGCAGAUUGUGCUUCAAAAUUUCGCAUUCCGACUGUCAUUGGUGCUAUAGAUUGCACUCACGUGCAUAUUAUGAAACCUUCGGAAUUCGGCGACGAGUAUGUGAACAGAAAAGGAAAAACAACAAUAAACAUUCAGAUGACUUGUGACGCUAAUGAAAAAAUUACAAGUGUGGACGCUAAUGGCCAGGGAGUGUACAUGAUGGCAGGAUUUGGCGAGUGA